AUGCUCUUCGCCGAAGACGACAAACUGGUCUUCCGUUUCGACGACCACAUCCUCUGGAUUCAACCUUGGGGAGAGAAUGCUUUUCGCGUACGUGCCACAAGACAAGCCUCAUUUCCGGACGAGGAUUGGGCUCUUUCUUCCAAGCCUCCAACCUCAAGCCCAGCUAUCACGACCUCCGACCAAGAAGCCACUAUCACCAAUGGUAAAAUCAAAGCCACUGUCUCCCGCCGUGGCAAGAUUAUCAUCUACGAUUCGAAUGGAAACAAACUCUUGGAGGAAUAUGCUCGUCACCGAAAAGACCCCAUGGACCCAAAAUGCAGCGCCUUGCUGGUUGAAGCUCGCGAGCUACGUCCUAUACUAGGUGGCGAUUACCAUUUAACAAUGAGAUUUGAGUCCCUCGACCCGAAGGAAAAGAUAUUCGGCAUGGGCCAGUACCAGCAGCCAUACCUCAAUCUCAAGGGAUCCGACCUCGAGCUAGCUCAUCGCAACUCCCAAGCCAGUGUCCCUUUCGCGAUAUCCUCUCUGGGCUACGGGCUCCUGUGGAACAACCCUGGUAUUGGGCGGGCAGUUCUGGGAACCAAUGUCAUGAGCUUUGAGGCCUUCUCUACCAAGGCCUUGGAUUACUGGGUGGUAGCCGGUGAUUCACCUGCCGAGAUUGAAGAAGCUUAUGCUAAAGUGACAGGAUACGUACCCAUGAUGCCGGAGUAUGGUCUCGGCUUCUGGCAAUGUAAGCUCCGCUACUGGAAUCAGGAGCAACUGCUCGAUGUAGCCCGGGAGUAUCGACGUCGCAAUGUGCCUUUGGACCUGAUCGUUGUUGAUUUCUUUCAUUGGAAGCAUCAGGGUGAAUGGAGCUUUGAUCCUGAAUUCUGGCCUGAUCCUGGUGAGUAUCUUUCUAACCAAUUCUAUCCGGUUCCAGUAUUAUUGUUGUUUGCAGUUGUUAACGUGAAUCCACUGACAAUCUUCCCAGAUGCCAUGAUCAAAGAGCUGAAAGACCUCAAAGUCGAACUCAUGGUCUCCAUCUGGCCAACCGUAGAAAAUGCAUCCGAGAACUUCCCCGAAAUGCUAGAAAAGGGACUUUUGAUCCGCCAUGACCGCGGUAUGCGAGUGGCAAUGCAAUGCGACGGGGACGUCACGCACUUCGACGCCACGAACCCCUCAGCCCGAGACUACAUCUGGGCGAAAGUCAAGAAGAACUACUACGACAAGGGCAUCAAAGUAUUCUGGCUCGACGAAGCCGAGCCCGAGUACUCAAUCUACGACUUCGACAUCUACCGCUACCACGCAGGCAGCAACCUUCAAAUCGGCAAUAUCUACCCGAAAGAAUACGCACGCGGAUUUUACGAGGGCAUGACAGCCGAGGGACAAGGCAACAUCGUGAACUUGCUCCGCUGCGCGUGGGCCGGGAGUCAGAAAUACGGCGCGCUGGUCUGGAGCGGCGAUAUUGCCUCUUCCUGGAGCUCGUUCCGCAAUCAACUCGCGGCAGGCUUGAAUAUGGGGCUUGCGGGCAUUCCUUGGUGGACUACUGAUAUCGGUGGUUUCCAUGGUGGGAAUCCUGAUGAUCCUGCGUUCCGGGAGCUGUUCACCAGAUGGUUCCAGUGGGGUGCAUUCUGUCCGGUGAUGAGACUUCAUGGGGAUCGUGAGCCCAAGCCGGAGGGUCAGCCUACGGCUAGUGGAUCAGAUAAUGAGAUCUGGUCCUAUGGAGAGGAGGUAUAUGAGAUAUGCAAGAAGUAUAUUGGGAUGAGGGAGGAAAUGAGGGGGUACACGCGUGAGUUGAUGCGUGAGGCUCAUGAGAAGGGCACACCGGUGAUGAGGACGCUGUUCUAUGAGUUCCCGAAGGACGAGAGGGCCUGGGAGGUCGAGACGCAGUAUAUGUUUGGAGCCAGAUAUCUUGUUGCGCCUGUCUUGGAGUCGGGACAGCGUACAAGUAAAGUCUAUCUGCCAGCUGGGGCAUCUUGGAAACCAUGGGAUGGGACCAAGGUGUAUGAGGGAGGAAAGGAGAUUUUGAUAGAGUGUCCAAUUGAUAGCAUGCCCGUUCUCGUUCGUCAGUAG